CCCGUCCCUGCCGCCAUGGCCGCGCUGCCGCUGCCCGCCCGGGGGGACCGCAGGACCGGGGCACUGCGCACACACGACCCGGACCCGGCGGAGCCGGAGCGGAAGCGAGCAUGCAAGUGGCUAGAAACCAUCCCCAAUGAGGUUGAGGCUCGUCUGCUUGGUUAUGCCAUGGAGAUGGAUUCCAAACAGAAAAUCUCCUCUGACUGUGGUCCUUGGGCUACAAAGGCAAAGCAGAAUUCAAUGGUUUUUGAAAACCAUGGAAGCAGAGGUACUGCUCAGCCUUGCCCAAGAUGUAUUGCUGGAGAGUCUGGGCACUUCAAUCAUAUCCUGAGCUUCUAGAAGUGGCAAGACAGAAGAUCAGCAGUGCUGCUUUUCAGUUGGAGUUCUGAAGCUAGACCUGGGAACCUGUGCAGCUGGAUGUCUGUACCCUCACUGGAAGCAUGGACUUGUGUGGACACAUGUAUGGCAUUCAGCAUACAGCACUUCACUGUGUGUUACUCUUUCAGUGCACAGUUAUGGGUAUCAUUGUUUUUACACUUGAGCAAUGCUUCUGCUUUUAAGGUAGUCACUAUCUUUUUCAAAUAAGAAAAUAAGAUUGAUUUAAAGUUUUAGAUCAGUUGGGUUGAUCUGGCCUUUGGAGCAGUUCUCUCCUGGGUCAGGGGUCAUGAUCCAAGAUUUUCCUGUCUCCUAUGCACACUUUUCCUGAUACACUUGGAAAACAGUCCUUGCAUUUACAUGCAUACAGGCACGUAUACAUUACAUAGCUCAGCCCUGUACUGCAGGUAGAAAUGCCUUCAUCUUUAGAUGGCUGUUCUGCUUUGCAGCUGUGAAAGCCAGUAAAAGUCCUACUGAAACUUCAGUUUAGAUCCAAAUUGCACACUCACUUCAGGUAUCUUAUACACUGCACUUGUAGCUUGUUUAUAACAAGCAGAGUUUGUGAAUGUGGCAGUUAAGUAUCUAAUAGGAAAAGGAGUAUUAUUUGGACUACCUUCUAUAGGAUGAGUAGUAGAUGAGCUCUGUGAAGUCCUCACAAAGCUGUUAAUAUACAACUGACACUGGCCAACCUUGUCAUUCCAGUUACUGUGAUAUUAGAACAGAUCUGUUCAGAAGGCCUUGAACUUGUCAUUCAACAUCCUUGUGUUGGCUUCUCACAGAUAAUUUCAAGCCCAGGGAAGUGUCCAAGAAGCAGAGCAACCAUUGAAGGAAAGACUUGGUACAAAGCCAGUAUUUUCUAUCAAGUAGUAUUAUGGGCAUCCUUUCUUGCCUCACAGCCAACUCUCAAACAUCAAAUAUCUCAGGAAUGAUGAAAACAUCAGUAUUUGCCAACAGCAUUCUUGUUCUUUGCUACGAUCUGUUGCUAUGAUGGAUGUUUGUUAUCAAGAGAACAUUAAACUUACCAAUGCUUAGCAGGACCACCUUCAAUAGUUAAGCAGCAGUUCCUUUAUGACUAGAAUUCAAGUGUGUGGCUAUAUUCAUGCUUCAUUUACACAGUGUAAGGAUGCUCUUCCUAUACAGUCAAAAACAGCAGCUCCCUCCUUUCUGUUUCUCUUGAGUUGGCUGAUGCUAUCAAAAAACCCAGAAGACCCUUUGGGAGCUACAACUGAGAAGUACGUUUUUAUUAGUGUUCUACAUUCCUCCCUGUUGCAGGAGGAGUGUUAAGUCCUAAGGAAAACUGGGAAGCCCUAACAAAAACUGCAACAGGUGUGUAGUUAGAUUUCUGGGAAUGCUGUUGCUGGUAAAUGAAGUAUUCCAGGUAGGUGAACAUUUCAGGUAGAGUCUGUGUGAAGUAGCCACAGGUGAAUUAGCUGCUCUUGCUCCCAAAGUAUGAACUGGCCUCUCCAGUGAACUGGGAACACAUUUGGCUAUUUAGAAAUACUGUGUUUAUCCUGAUUUUCUUUCCAAAUGAGAAUUCAUACGCAUCUGGAUGAACUUUGAAGUGAAUCUUUCAGCUGAGAUGGGAUUCCUCACUCCGUACUUUCCAGUGGGGUGAGGAAUGCAGCCAUAAAUCAGCCAGGACAAAAACAAAUUGUAGCUUAAUAGUUAAAUACAUUGUAGGCUUAUGGUAGUGUAUGUUUUACAAUAGACAUACUGUGUAAUUAGCUUCAGGAUGUGUCAGUCAGAAUCAUAAGCAAUAUACACAGGUGAAUGCCAUGGGGACAGGGGAAGAGUUUCUUUAAAGCAGAUUUGUGUCAAGUCUGCACUAGAACCACAAAGUUAUUUUUGUAUGACUUUUCUUUGCCUUGGAUAUCUAUUGUUUUAUUGAUAAGACACUUUAUAUUUCCUAAUACUGUGAUUUGUACACAAAAUUACCUGAGUGAUUUUAUUUAUGUGUAUAUAGUAAAAUAGCCAUAUGGUCUGCCUUUAAUUCAGGUUAAUAGGAUAUAUUCUUCUAUUUUUAACUUUGUAUUUUGUAAAUUGUUACUUAUAAAAGCAGAAGCAUUAAACACCACUUUGGCUACA